GUCUAUGGCAUUGAUGACACCGGCUUUGUCACACCCUGAAGUCAUCGUCCAAGCCAUCGCUGCUAGAGAUCGUUCUCGCGCCGAAGAAUUUGCCAAGAAGCAUGGUAUUCCUGAGGUCAGGGACACUUAUCAGGGUAUGCCUAGCUCCGACUAUCGUGUCGAGAUCCUGCAGGCCAAAUGA